AUGUUGGCGGCAAUGACUGGGUCGCCGCCAGCGUCUGUGCCGACGUGGAUCGUGGAGGUGACGCGGCACCGCGACUUGAGUCAGGAGGCGUUGGAGCUGGCCUUGGAGCACAUGGGGGGGCGCGCCGUGACGCUCCUCCUCGUGCACGUCAUGUCGGAAGUGCCCACCUCGCGCAACAUGACGCUGCCGGCGAGCGAGGUGGACCCGAAGACGGCGCUACAGCACGCCAAGAAGCUCGUCGACAUCCUCAUGAAGCCGCUGCUCGCCACCGCCACCGCCAACAGAGUGGCGUGCGGCACGGCGGUGGAGCUCAACGACCGCCGCGAGAUGGGGCUGUGCCUCGCUGCGCGCCGAGCCAACGCGGAUCGCGUCUACAUAGGCGUCAAGAGGUGCGCCGUGGGCGGCAGGGCGUGGCGGGACUGGCGGGACUGGGCUGGUUCGAUUAGUCGUUCUCUGUUGGUUCCGCCGUGGGAGCGGGCACGACCACCAGCUGUUGCAACUCUCCCCUCCCCCAUCGCGCCUCGUCUCUCCACCAAGUAUCCGUCCUUCCCCCCCUUCCCCAAUUUCCCCCUCCCCCCCUUUCGCGCACUGCCCCCGCGUCGCAGGAAGCUGCUGGGGUGGUCGUCGUCGGGCGUGGUGGCGGCGUGCCAGACGUCACUGCCGCGCGCGUGCACGCUCGUCGUGUCGCAGGGCGGCCGCGGCCACAAGCACCAGCAGCUCAUCGGCGCGCAGCGCACCGACCUCUCCGCGCUGCCCUCCGUCUUCCUGCAGUUCCACUCCGCGCCCUCCGCCAAUGACGCGCUCGCCGCCCGCCUCGCGCCCCCCGCCCUCCCCCCCGCCACCCCCUCCUCGCUUAAACCCCCUGCGUGCGCGUCCCCCCUGCACGUGCGCCGCCCGUCCGACCCCCCGCCGCUGGAACCCUCCGCGUCCCCCCUGGGCAGCAGCGGCGCGCCCUCGUCCGAGUUCUCCCUCUCCUCCUCCUCCUCCUCCGGCGCGCACUCCCGCUCGCUCCCCCUCGCCGCGCCCGCCCCCGCCCCCGCCCCGCCUGCGUUUUCGGCGGGCGGAGAGGCGGCGGAAAGGGAUCCGUGGGGGCAAGAGAUGGACCGGGGGAAAGUCGCGGAGCAGAGGCGCGCGGGAGCGGGAGGGGAGAGGGGGAGGCAAUCCCGCUUGUCGUUUUCGACGCUGGAGGAGCUGCAGCAGAUGGCGGUGCGCGAAUCCGAGGCCAGCGGCGCGCAGCCCAUGUCCUCCGCGGCGCGCCAUCGUUCCCCCGGCGCUGCUGCGGCCGCCAUGCCCGCCAGGAACGCGGGGUGGGGGGAAGCGGCGCUGAGGGGGGCGGGGGGCGGGGCGGGCAUGGGGCUCAGCCUCAGCGCGCACUGCUCGCCCUCCGCCACCCCCGCGCCCGAAGGGGGGUUGGCGACGGGAGGAGGGGGCGAGGAGGGGCUGUGGGGGACCGGGCAUGCAGUGCGGAAGCGAAGUGCGGAACGGGUGGCGCUGCCAGAGGGGAUUCCGGAGGAGGGCGAGGGCGGAGGGGCGGCGGAGGAUGAGGGGGGGGAGAAGGGAGGGGAGGGGGCGGGUGAGGGGGAGGAAGCGGCGUGGGUGGGCAAGGGCGUGAGCAGCAAUCGCGAGAUGGACGCCAGUGCUGCGGGCGACAGUGGCGCUGCACUGGGCGAUGGCAGAGAGGUGAGGAGGGGGGGGAAGAGGGGUGCAUACAGGGAGGCAAGCGCGUGGACGGGCAGGCAGGCGGGCAGGGUGGGUGUGAGCGCAGUGGGGGAGCAGAGCAGGUGGUGUGCUGCCCUGCCGGCCUUUGCACAAUCCCGCUGCUCCGUGCGGGAUGGCUCAUGGGCGGGCGAGGGGCCGCUGGCAGCGCUGUCGCCGGUGCCGCUCAGCCCGCUGGGGGGCAGCUUCAGGGGCAGCGCGCACAGCCCCGCGGGCAGCAGUGCGGGCGGCAGCAGGCAGGGCAGCCGCCAGGGGAGCAUAGAGGGCGUGGCGGGUGGUGGCGUGGGGGUGAUGAGUGGCGGAGGCAGCGUGGGGGCGGGCGACAGCAGCGGCACUGCAGGACUCUUCUCCAGGCCCGCGCCCACCUCGUCGUCCUCCUCCUCUCGUUCCUCGCGCUUCCACCACCUGUCGGCGCCCUCCAAGACCUCCCUCGCCGCGUACUCGCAGGGUCCGAUGGCCUCGCAGCCCGCCGCCUCCUCCUUCGGUCGCUCCGCCUUCUCCUCCGGCCAGCUCACCCCAGGCAGCAUGGGGGCGGUGGGCGACGGCUUUGACUGCCGCCAGUUCACGGCGCAGCAGCUCACGCGUGCCACGGGCAACUACGCGCAGGAGAACCUUCUGGGAAAGGGGUCGUUUGGGGCGGUGUUCCGCGGGGAGAUGCUGGGGUGCCAGGUGGCGGUGAAGCGGCUGGAGGGGCAGGGGUGGCAGGGGCCGGACGAGUUCCGAGUGGAGGUGGAGGUGCUGAGCCGCAUGCGCCACCCCCACAUCGUGCUGCUCAUGGGCUGCUGCACCGAGGAAAUGGCGCUCGUCUACGAGUUCCUCCCGGGCGGCACGCUACAGGAAAAGCUAGGCCCGCCCAAGACGGCGGACGCGGUGCGGCUGAGCUGGUCGGACCGGCUGCGAAUCUGCGGGGAGAUGGCGACCGCCCUGAUGUACCUCCACCGCAACGACCCGCCCAUCGUGCACCGCGACUUAAAGCCCGACAACAUCCUGCUGGACGGCAACCUGGCGAGCAAGAUUGGCGAUGUGGGGCUGGCGCGACUGCUGGAGGCGGAGGGGUCGACGACCAUGAAGGUGCGCGGCACCCUCGGGUACAUCGACCCGGAGGAGGUGGAGACGUGUGAGAUCAGCGUGCUGUCCGACGUGUACGCGCUGGGGCUCAUCAUGCUGCAGCUGCUCACGGGGCAGCGAGCGGUGAAGGCGGUGCACCGCAUGCUGGCGGAGUGCGCCAAGCACGCCAAGACGCCUGCAGGCAGCCAGCCGGGCCCGGGGGGGGCAGCGGUGGGGGCGGUGGGCGUGGUGAGCAAGUACCUGGAGAGCACGGGCGGCGAGUGGCGCAUGGACCUGGCGGAGGAGGCCGCGGGGCUGGCGCUGCGAUGCGCGGACCGGCGGCGCGAGAACCGGCCGAGCCUGAAGCGCGAGGUGCAGCCGUCGCUGGUGCGGAUCGCUGCAGCGGCGGAGGAGGAGGUGAAGGCAAGGAAGAAGCACAGCGACUCGCAGUUCAUCUGCCCCCUCUCCAAGGAGGUGAUGAGGGACCCGGUGGUGGCGGGGGACGGGUUCACGUACGAGCGAGAGCACAUCACACGCUGGAUGACCUCCUGCACGCUCUCCCCCUCCACUGGGCAGCCCCUGCCACACACCUGCCUCACCCCCAACAACAACCGUCCUGACGCCGGUGCUAAAGUGUUUCAGGGAAGUACUCGGGGUUCAGAGGAGGGGAUCUUCGCGAUCGCAUGCGUUACCGUUCUCCGCCUGAAGAUGGCAGACGCCGCGGACGGAGGCCUUCUCCUCCCAGGAAGCGGGGUGAGUAGGCUUCGUGAAAGGCAUCAUGGUGAGAGGAAACGAGAACGUGGGGUGGACUAUCGAGCUGCUGGACCUAGUUCUGGAAGCAGGGCUGUAUCUGCUGAAAGGAUGGAACUUGAGCGUGAGAGAAAGAUGCUUCUCAAGGACGUGACCAUACAGAGGGAGCACUGUGACACUCUCCAGACCCUCCUUGGCCGCAAGACGGAACUGGCAAAGGAUCUGUUCGAGCAUGCAAAGCUGCUGGAGAGGGAUGUUCAAGAGAAGGAAGGCCUUGUUGCCAAGAUCUCUGUCAACCUGAAGACGCUUGUCGAAGCUCAGCAGUGUGUCCAGGCAGCAGAAGACGAUGUGAAAAGGUCCAAGAUUCAACUCAACAUGUUUUUGGAAGAGUUGUCUCCAGAUGACUUGACACCCGCAGUUUCUGCUUUAGCGAAUCUCGCGGAGCUUCCGAUGGCUCUGGAGGCUGCACCUGUUGCACUCGCAGCUGGCACUGCUUUUCCUCCUCUCAAUCAUGACGCAUCUGGGGGGGGCAUGAGCUUCGUGCCAACUCCACAUGUUGGAAAUCCUGAUCAGGAAGGAUUGCCCGGUCCUGUUACGGAGGUGGCUGGUAACCAUUACGCAAGACCUUCUGCUGCUGAAAAUCAAUCCUCUGGCAAAGCAAUCUCAUCAAGACGGUUUUCUCAAGAUGAUUAUGCAAGGUCGCGUCCUGAGGACUCCAUUCAUGAGUCCCAGCGGCCAAUGAGGAGAAGACAGUCUCGUGAUAGUCGACACGCGGAGAACAGGUCUGACUUUCGUGGUUCAGAACAGAGAAGCGGGCGCGGCAGAUCAUCAGGCAUGAGAGACAGAGACUACAAAGACGAGGAGAUGAAUGGUCCAGCUGACCGAGGUGUUUAUCAGGAGGAUGAAGACUUCAAGCCACCCAGACCUAGGGCUGCUCCAGAUGAUGAUGAGGCGGGCGAGCAACCUGUUGCUGAUGCCGCAGAGGCUAAAGCAUCUGGCAAGGGUAUUGUCAUGAAGUUUCGUGAAAAUGACAAGCGGGGGAAGCGUCAAACCGGCCAGGAGAAAGAUGGAGAGAAACAGGCAAAGCUGGCUGAGGACUCUGGAAAGAGCAAGCAGAGCAGGAAUGCUGAUAGCGAUAAGCUCCUGAAGAUGUCUGAACGCCAGAAGGUCCAGGAUGCUCCCUCCCAGCUGAAGUGGCUUAGGGAGGAAAAGGAGUCGGUUGCACGUAAACCGGAGCUCACUGUUCCUGCUCAGUCAAGCAUUGUAAAGAUACCAUUACUUGAGAAGGCAAAGCUGGGAAAGCUCAAGGCGGAGGAGAAAGUGGAACAGCAGGAUCAGCAACUGCAGAUUGACCAGUCAGAGGAGGAGGAUGCGUCUCUAGGCUCAAAGAAGGACCCUGCUGCAGCACAGGGUGCUGCAAAGCAGGAAACUGACAAGGCAAAGCAGGAACAGAUACAGCAACGCCAGCAGGAGCUGAUGGAGCACAUUCAAAAGCAGAUUCAUCAGCGACAGCAGGAGGAGCAGCUGCAGCACCAGUUGUUUCAGCAGCAAAUGGCAGCAGAGGAGGCUGAGAGAAGGGCUAUGUAUGCAGCCCAUUACCAGCAGCAGCAGCAGCUUGAGCAGCAAUACUACCAGCAGCAGCCAGACCCGUACCUCAUGCAUGGCGAGGGGUAUGCGCCUCCAGAGCAUUACCAAAUGCCCCCUGCAGAGUACCCCAUGGAGGAGGAUGAGGCCCCUCCAGGUGUGACGCCUCAAGCAGAUGAGGCAACUGUUAACCCAGGGGCUCAUGAUGUGUUCGGUGUCGCUGCUCCUGUCGAGUAA